UCAGCCAGAGCCGGAUCUCCCAUUGGCUGUUGCAGCAGGGAUCAGACCUGAGUGAACAAAAGAAAAGGGCAUUUUACAGAUGGUACCAGCUUGAGAAGACAAACCCCGGGGCUACGUUAAGCAUGAGACCUGCUCCUAUCCCAGUAGAAGAGCCAGAAUGGAGACAGACACCUCCCCCAGUCACAGCUACCUCUGGGACCUUCAGACUACGGCGGGGCAGUCGGUUCACGUGGAGGAAGGAGUGCCUGGCUGUUAUGGAGAGUUACUUCAAUGAGAAUCAAUAUCCCGAUGAGGCAAAGAGAGAAGAAAUUGCAAACGCCUGUAAUGCAGUUAUACAAAAGCCAGGCAAAAAGUUGUCAGAUCUGGAACGAGUUACCUCCCUCAAAGUGUACAACUGGUUUGCCAACCGAAGAAAGGAAAUCAAGAGAAGAGCCAAUAUCGAAGCAGCAAUCCUGGAGAGCCAUGGGAUAGAUGUACAGAGUCCUGGAGGCCACUCCAACAGCGACGAUGUGGACGGGAAUGACUAUUCAGAGCAGGACACUUGGCAAGUACGCAAUGGGGAGGAGGAGGGACGAUGUUCAGAGGGAGGCAGAGAAGCAGAGAAGGUAGAAGAAGACAGGAGGAUCUGCUCCAAACAAGAUGACAGCACUAGCCAUAGUGACCAUCAAGACCCUAUUUCAUUAGCCGUGGAAAUGGCAGCGGUAAACCAUACCAUCUUGGCAUUGGCCCGGCAAGGAGCUAACGAGAUCAAGACAGAGGCUCUAGACGACGACUGAUACAAAGAAGGGGGAGGGUCAAAACAAGAAGUAACUUAGUUUUAGACGUAGCACCUUAGCAGACUUUCCUCGGUCCUUAAUAUGUGUUCUUACAGUAUAACUUUGCAGUUUCUUGUACGUCAGUUAGCUGUUAGGGUCUUGUUCUGUGAAGAUGGCAUGGUGCCCUCAGCCUUUGCAUAUACUCUCUCAGUAUUAAUUCCCAAUAAAUAAUCAAUCAACCAACCAACCAACCUCCCUCUCCCAGCCCCAGUGGCUAGAAAAUCUUGCUGCUCUGUCUUAGCAUUCAAAGUGCUUCCAGGUAUUUUAGACAGCCCUCAAUUACAAGUCUUAGGCUACACUUAAAAUCUUGGAUACCCUUAGACAUCAUGUAAAACUAGUCUCUAGGCUUUUCCUUCUCCAAGACUGAAAGGAUGCAAGCUGAGGUAGUGGCACAGGGUCGAUGGACACCAUAUUGGGAGUAUCAACAGAGAGUAAAAAGAACACUAGAAACCCCACGUCAGCCUGGGAACACGCGAUUUCCAGCUGCAAUAAGCUGUGCCUCACUGGUCACACAGUGACUUGAUAUACUUCUUUUGGGUGCUGUGCUGAGAAUGUCCAUUGGAAACACAUUCACACAUUUUGGUUGAUGUUCACAUAGUCAACACAGACAUCCUAUCCUCUACUCUCACAAGCUGCGUGGCUUAGUGGAUAAAAUACUGCCUUCUGCCUCUGGGACCAUGAUAGAAGUCCAGCCUGGGAUCACAUGAAAAAUGAGCUGAAUGUCUAAUGGACGACAGUCCACUUCUCAAAACCACUAUUCAUUAUCUGGCAUGUCUAGCAGUGCCUGCUCAGAAGAGGUCUAGACUCUAUUGCGCUAUCUUAACGCAACUUCGCUUUUUCUUCUUCCUCCCACCUUUUACCCCUUCUGCUUGCCCCUCUCAAAAGCAGUGUUUUCAAGGAAGGUAUUAAGGUCACAAAAUGGGUGAAUGAGGUUUUUUUUUGCAAAUCUGUGUAAGCUAAUGCCUGCAUCCUAACCAGACUGAAAGGCUAACGGGGGACUUUGGUACCUAAUUUCUGCUAGUUAACCAUCAUGACACAGAUCUCCCAAACACAAAUGCUUUUUUUUGUAAAAGGCAGGAAGAUUGCCUGCUCAAGAAAUGGGGUGUGAAUGUUUUUGUGUUCUCUUUACUCUGGCCUUGUUAAGGUGUGAGAAAACUAUACUGCUGCGAGCAAUUUAAUUAAUAAUUGGAAGCCAUACUGCUAAUGGAUGUGGUAAUACUUGUAAAGGAAACCUACUUUAAGUAGCAGAAACUAAUGGAAUGGUUUUUUCCUUGAUCAUAUGUAGCACUUUUGUUACUUUUUUCUUAAAGAUAUUUAUAUUUGAUAAAUCUUUUUUUAUCAUUUGAGAAGUCCAAAUACCAAACGGCAAACUUGCAUUACUGAGUCACCCUGCGAUCACCUUGUCAUCUAGUAUCUGAAUGAUGAACUGUGUGUGCAUCUAAGAAAAUUACAUCUGCUGGCAUUGUGUGGAAAUGAUCUCUUGGCAUCCUGAUAAAAUGAUAUGCGGCUGCCGGUAAAAGGAAACUAUUCAGUGGAAGCAGCACAGGAUGUGUUAGAGAUGGGCAAGACUGUGUUACAUUUUUUUAAAACAAACUUAAUAAAUUUACAUAGCAUUUCCACUACAUCCCAUUUUCUCUUCCCUGCUGCAUGGAGUUAGCUUACGGAGGAAGGGGGCUUCGUUGAGGAAGCACGGGUUUCCUCUUUUCUUUUGAAUGUCCACUUUUCAAGAGAGUGGGAAGUUCCUAUGCCUUGGCUUGGUCUUCUGUUUUCCCUCUGCCUUGCACCACGCCUGCAAGUUGGAACUGGGAGAACGAGUUGCCAAGUCAUUAAAAAAAUUAAAGAGGAAACUGUGGCUCCCAAGCAGGUUUUUAGCCAGCCUAAACCCCUUUAUUUAGGGCACAGAUUGACUUGAUCAUCUUUACUGUCUGUAAAUCUUGUGACGACUGCUUGGGUAAAGUGGGGAGGGAGCGGCGGGGUCUGUGCUUUGUCUCUGUAACUCUAGAGGAUCGGCAGGGCUUGCCCCUGUCUUUCAUUUAUGGAUUUCAUUGGAGGAUUUAUAUCCCCGAAGCAGAAAGAAGCCAUCUUUUUGUUUUAUUGUGUUCUCUGAGUAGGCAACUUCACAAGUCCCAUCAGGGCAGACUCAGGAAAGGAAGACACUGUGCAGACCCCGUUGCGGUUUUUCUCUCUUCGGGCCUGUCUACAUGGGGGCGGUUGGAUUUCCCAACCAGAGAAACACCCAAGCGUGCCCCACCCGCUCGCUCCUGCUCGCACGCUCCAAGCCCAAAAAUAUGCCAGCGAGGCCACUGCAAGACACCCCUCUGUGCUCGCUCUCGAGACCUCAGUCUCCAGCGUCUGUGGACCACUGUGGAGCAGCUUUGGCGGCAUCUUUCUGCAUGGGAGAGUGAGACCAGGAGCAGGUGGGCAGAGUGGGGGGCCCUUGCAGCCAGGACACAGAGCCAUCACGGGGGAGACGUGCCUUUUGGGUCUGUGUGAAUCUCUCAGUGCCAGGAAGCAAAGGGAGAGGGGGUUUGUUGUGGAGCAGAAUGAUCCAGCAAACUCGCUUCAGUGGAAUUUUACCUACUUAUUCAUACUGCAGUCACACACAGGGCUGACAGGCAACAUCCACGAUUUAUUGUAAGGAGAUUUUAAUAAUCGAUGGCCUCUUUAUGUUGGGGAUGCCACGACCAUUUAUUCUAGCUGUUUCAUUUUAAAAAGAACAGAAUCAAACUGUUGGACAGCUGCAAUUUCAGAAGAAAUAUGGCUUAAACCGCGCCUAAAAAAAAAAAAAAAUCAUGGUUUCAGACAACACCUUUUUCAGAGACAUCGGGAAGAAUAAAACGAAUGCGGUAAAGUCCAGACUCUGCGUGUUGCUGCCGUGGUGGGAGUUUGCAGCAGCUCCCCUAAAAUAGCGGCGCUGCGUGCUGGCAUACACGAGGAAAUGUGGCUCCAGCGCUGACUAGCACCGUCAUGCCGUUGCUGUAUCUCAUAACGCAGCUCCCAUUAUAAGGGAUAGGCAGAUGAAUCAUUUGUGUACAAUUAGAGAUCAGUGAGCCCUCCUGACUUGCUGCUUGUUAGUAUGCAGCAGCCUCCCCUCUCCAGAGGAUGAUCACAGGCAGACUGUAAAAAAAAAGAAAUCCUGGCUAGGGCUAAACAGGUGCUACCUCCAUUUCUCUCUUGAGGUCCCAGAUAAUACGAGGAAGGAAUUCACUCUUAGACAUCACUAAUCUGCUGAUGGCAUUCAGUUUUAUCGUCUCUUUGCUGUCAGCCCAUGGCGGAGGUUUCCUGACUACCAGGCACUUUUGCUGUGAUGAAUGAUAGCUGGUCAGUAUUUAAGCUGGGGGAACCUGGGGCUGACAUUACCCCCGCGAGCGGCUGCUGGAGCCCUGUUGCUCAGGGCAAAGGAAAUGCUACUGCUGGUGAGAUAUAUCAAGUGUGCUGGGUGUCCCCCUCACCCAGGGAAGCUUCAACAGCCCUCUUGGGGGGCCCUUUCCAUCUCCAGGUUUCUUUUAAAGUCAGGCCUCAUCUCUACGCUGUUCAGACGUUGAGCACAUCCAAGCGUUAAUUGACUCUCACUUGGGUUCCCUUUGAAAUGGAUCUGGGAGCUGAAUCCGUUCCAGGAGGCAGCUCUCCUCUCAUUCUGCCGACAAGGGUGAGGGAACGGAGGAUGCCUUCCGCGAUACGCGCUGGUCUCUGGUACGCUAGCAGACUUCAUGCUGGCUCACGAUGCCUUUGAGAUCGGACUCAGCGUCUCUUGCCAUCCUCCAAAGCCAGAGGCGUGGGCUGGACUGCGCGUGCUGCCUGAACCGAGCCUGGUGCAUUCGCGCUGGGACUCCUGCCCGUGAAGUUGCUCAGGGUUCCCUGGCGGCCGUCUCCUGGCUCCAGGUCAGGUCUUUCUUUUCAGGUUCAUUCAUCUUUGACCAUUUUAUAGUUCACCUUUUCUUCCACUCCUCCUUCUGCUUCUUUGCCCAGGUUGUCUGGACCGAAUGCAUUAAUUUAAAUGUUUUUACCGAGUCCCAGCUUUUUCCAAAGCAUCCAUAAGGUGAUAAUUAAAAUAAGUAGACACAGCAGCAAGCCAAUGGCUUUUCUUUUGAUGCCCUGCUGCUGUAGAGGCAUCUUUGCAUAUGUUACUUACUAACGUAUCAUUACAACACUGCUAAUUGGCUCAUACGGACAGGUUCUGGCCAAACGGGGGGGUUUAGCUAAAACCCAUGAAUAUUUUUCAGCCAUUCUGUGUCCGUCUACUUUGCAGGAAGAAUUUUCAGCCUAUGAGAAAUGGAUCUAAAAUGCAAAGUCUGGAUCCAGCUUCCAAACAUCCUGGAGUAAUUAGCUUCAUAAUUUUGGUUCAGACGACCUGUAACUGCAGUUGCAACCUGCAGCGCUUGUGGUUCACUUCUUCAUUUCUCACACACACUUAUUUUGUGCCAUUGACCAAAAAGGAGUUGAAUGAGUCUGUUUUUAUCACCAGCAUUCAUUGACCAGCCUUUCCUGUGGCUGGGAUUUUUAAUUUUGUUUUUUAGAUUUGACAGCCUAUAGGAAUCGCUUUCUUUUGCAGUUUGGCAAGAUGAUGGCUAUCGCGUCUCAUGAAAAGGUAGUAAAAUCAUAGAUACGUAAUGGCUUUAUAGCAGUAGGACGGUCACCUGGUAUCCAGAAUAUUAGAAAUCUCGUACUGUUUUGCCUUCAGAGAGGGGAAGAUAGCAACCUAAUUUCCCUAAUGUUUUCAGCUUCACUCUUUGACGUAAAAACUUUCUUGCAGUGCCGGCUAUAGACAAAAACAUCAUGCUAGCUUCCCUUGGGUGGUCUAAUUAGACACACCACUCAGAGGUUAUCUGGAAAUUGCAGCUGGAUUCCACUGGUCGGCUGGAUACCGUCCUUGAUCCCGUGUAUGAAUCAGAGCUGCAAAAGUGGUGUGAAGAUUUUUAAGGACACAUAACACCACAACCGCUCCCAAACCAUAGAUUCCCACUUUCCUCCAUGACGUUUUUUGAGUCCAAGACUUAGGUUUGAGUUCAUCUCUGGUUUCUUAUAUACCGUGAGUAAGGGACCGUGAGAACUGGUCACUGUGAUGGUGUUUACUGUGGAUUUUGCGUAGAGGAAAAUCUUCCUUCGAAUUCCCGUCGAGGCAGUUCAUUUCUGAUACCUGUGCAAGUUGCUAGGUUUGUAUUUCCACUAGCCCGGGCGUUGUGAUUUCAGUAUUGCUUGGUCUUCAUCCGCUAGGGAAUUCCUUUCUUCUUUCAGGUCGCGGUUUGCUGUGUUGUGACCAGCAAAUUCUGCCCGUCUCAUCAGAAGAAACUUCCUUGCUCUUACUCAGCAAAGGGCUUCCCGUCCAAGUAGUAGUUGCACUCUUUAAUGCUAUUUUUUUAUUGACCAAUACUAGAUUUUUAUUAAAAUCUUAAACUUUUAGGCAAUAAUCUUGUUUUGGUUUGGUCUCUUUCAUUUGACACGGGUCUUAUUGCUUUGGCAAGUUUUUUUGGGGGGGGGAAAUAUUUGUAUGUCAGUGAAGUCAAAUGUAUUCGUCGUUGUUAGGCAGUCGUGGGUUUGUCUUUUGGUUUCUAAUGCCUUCCUGUUGUAUUAAUUGGGGCUGUACAGAGACCGGCUCACUUGUUUGCAGUUUUACUGAGUCAGAUAUUUUCAUUAAUAUUCCCUUGGGGUCAGGUUGGUGACUGAUCAGCAGCAUGCUGCAGUUCCUACCAGGCUUUUCAACAUAAAACAUUCCUCCUUCUGCUUUUUUACAGCUAGGAUAUUUACUCAGGAUUUUGACUCAGUUGUCAGCCAACAGACAUUUGGCUACCUGAAGAGUGACCCGAAAACCUUCUAGUUACAUUUCCACUAAUACGAUUUGCAGUCUCGAAACUGCCCCAUUUAAAGCUAUGGCACGCUCAGUGAAAAAGAGGUAUUUCAGAGGUGGCAGCUACAAAUUAGAUUUCAAAGGUAACAAAACUUAUUUGUCUCUUUUGAGAGAGAUGCUUUAUAACUACAGGAGCGGGCUCGCUCAUCGGAGGACGAUCAGCGGCCGAUACGUUUUGAAGGUGGCACUGGGGGGAAAAGGGCUCUCUUUGGCCAACCCAAGGGUCUCGCCCGCUCUCUUUUUUUUAAAAUGGUAGUUUCAUAGCAUCACUGAAACAUGGAGGUGCAAUAAAUAUAUCUAGGGAUCUAAGAAAUUGUCUAUCCUCUUGACCUAGUGUUUUAUACCCAGAAGUAUCUUGGAGUGAUCUGUUCAUGUCUGUUUUUCAGCUCUCUGUCUAUCAACCAUACUUGAUUCGGUGGCCAAAAUGAUACGGACAGUAGUAUACCGGAAUCGGCUCCCCGAGUUAGAGGACAACAGCAGGCUCUUUACGGACAUGCGUGUCGUACUUCAGUUUGGAUUAACUGGGAAAUUUAUGUAAAUAUAUUUGGUUUCUUCAGGGUCUCUCUUACCCAGCCUCACCAAGGUGGUUUUGAAGUACUCGGCUUUAUCAUUUCGAAGCGCUGUAUCACACUGACAGAUUGUCAAAGAAAGAUAUGCCAAUUAUCUUUUUUUAAUCCCUUUGCGUGAUUAGCUCUUUAGUUUUCACCAGUCUGAGAAAUAGCAAUCCGUGGAUACUCCACGGCUUCGUGCUUUGCAAGUGCUUUCCGGGAAGCACUAACUGCUCCAGCCAGCAGUGCAGAUGAUACAAGUAGGUGCGCGUGUAGUAAUACUAUUGAGCCAUAGUGAACUGCAUAAUGGAUCUGUGAUAUCCGUGUACAGUGC